UGGCGGGGGACUUGCCGCUCGCCGCUUGCCGCUUGCCGCCGUGAUUGUGUCCGUGCAAGAAUAAGGAGAGAGUGUCGCGGCGCUGGCGCUGGCGCGGAGCUGGGAAGCAAGGUGAGGUUUGCCGCGCUUGUGUCAGUGCGAGAAUAAGGAAAGUGGCGGGACGUAAGAUGCGAAUCUUUUGGAGAAGUUCGGAUCACUGCUAUGGUUGUGUUUUACCCCGAGAAGGAAUAUUGGGAGAAUCUCAAUGGUAGGCAAGGAAUCUGGAGGGUGCGGCAAGGCUUGCCGAAGGCGGGGACAGAGAGGAGGCCGAUCUUCCGCUGGACUCAGUGCGGCGGGAUGGAAAGCGCGAACUGCGAUUUUUGUGCGACAGUUCUGGGAGAGAGAGGAGGCCGAUCUUCCGCUGGAGUCCGUGCGGCGGGAUGGAAAGCGCGUCCUAUGACUUUUGUGCGACAGGGGCAGGCGGGGAAAGAGUAAGGAUGGCUAAGGCGAGGUCGCCGCCAGGAGGCGUCAACAGCCGGAAAGCUGUGCGGGGUAUGUUUCACGUUUUUUACUGAGGGCGGGAAACGACGCAACGGUCACGAAAUUUUGAAUUCUCACGAUAUCAUCAUGACUCAUCAGCUAAUCCCGCCUUUUCGUUAUGCCCUUGUGGAGGAGGGCUUUUACCGGGGCGCCUAUCCUACCCUGAAGAAUUUCCGGUUCUUGCGACGCUUGCACCUGAAGACGAUGAUUUCCUUGACACCGGAGCCGCCAAGUAAGGAUCUCUGUGAGUUCUGCCAGGCCGAGAACAUCACCUCGCGACACUUCUACGUGGAGAAGUUUCAGGACGUGGUUCCAUUGUCAACAGCGAAAGUGAUACAAAUUCUGCAGAUAAUUAUCCGACCAGAGAAUCUGCCACUCUACCUUCACUGCCUUGAUGGGACGCAUGUCACAGGAGUUGUGGUCAUGUGUUUCCGAAAGUUGCAGAGCUGGAAUCUGUCCUCAGGAACGGCAGAAUGUGCCAAGUUUCAGAAAGAAGGAGAGAUUACGCGAGAAGAGUCGCAAUUUGUGGAGUCGUUUCGGGGAGAGAUUGAUAUUCCUCCCGUGAUCCCUCAGUGGCUGUGGCAGGGUUGCCGAACUGUUCGUCAUCCGACAUUCCGGCUAAGGUUGCUUCCCCCCCCCCCACUGCCAACUGAAAAGUCAGAUGACUCAGAGAGCAGCACUGGGAGCUCCAGCCAGAAGAGCGAGGGACCGAACACUCCACGACCAUCUAAUACGAGCACGAAGACCGGAAGUUUUUAUGAAAGGGGUUUUGGCAGACCAAGAAAAGCACUUUAGUGUUAAGCGGCUCCGGAAUGACGCAGGUAGGAACUAGCUGUCAGGACACCCCUCUCUUGCUUCUGGCCUGAGAGAGAACAACUGCUGAGUACAAGUAACAGGAUUGGCUCCCGCCGUUCUGCCCCGGGAGGGUGGGACACAGAUAUAAGGGAGGAGACUGGCUAUCGGUAUCCUCUUUCCCUCUAUCGAGGGCGGGUUAGCUAAAUAUAGAUGAAUAUAGAUGCAUUAUAGGUGAUGAUUCAGGUCAUCAGAAGUGCCUUGUCAGUCUGAGGGUUUGGUAUCUCAUCUCUCUGUGUCGUUUUAGUAAACGUAUGUUCUUUUC